AUGUUCAUUAAAGCUCUAACCAGAGAAGAGAGGUUGGAGAGACACAAAGUGUCUGUGGAUGGUGUCAGCAUUGACUCCAGCAAGGCCAAUGACUUCUUAGCUCAUUCACGUCCCAAACGUCAAACUGGUCCAAAGUGGUAUCACAAGAACCCAGACUUUCAGUCAUAUUACCGCUUUUACAACAGCAUUGGACAUAUUGAAGGGCUCUAUGAAAUUGAUAAGAUCAGAAUGCUGUACCAGCAAAUGCGCCAUCUUGAGCAAGAGUACGGUCCGGAUGCUUCCAGUUUCCAGAGCCGUCUUGGCCUUCCAGCUGCCACGACGACUUCUCCAACAACACCUAAACCCACAACCCCACCUCCUCCCCCACCCACCACUCCAACUCCACUCGCACGCGCUCUUUCCCAGGGUGAUGUGAUGUAUCUCUGCAAUCCUAAAGACCCAUUGUGUAAGCCACACAUUGUCUAUCUGCCAACAGGCGGCAUCCCUAUAGUCUGUGAUCCACGUUAUCAUUCAGACUGUAAACUUCCAACUCUUCCUGAAGCCCCUGCUGAGCCUGAAGCACCUUCUCCUUCUGCCUCCAAGGAGUCCCCUCCAUCUAAUCCUAUAACCUUUAAAGGGAUGGAAUAUGAUUGCGAUCCAUAUUGGGAUCCAGACUGUUUGAUUGACCACCCGCCUAGACCUAUGAAAGAAAGUGUUAAGCCUCCAUCACUCCCAACGACCCUCCCCGUCAGUGAGAAAAAGAAUAAGGAAACAGAGGUGGAUCCAGAUCCUUAUGAUCCUUAUGAUUUCAAUCGAGAUCUCUUUGAUCCAUAUCGCUAUUCUUACCCAGCCCCAGAGCCUCAGUAG